AUGGGCUUAAGCUUUGGGGGGGGUGGUAGUGGGGGGGUGAAGGGGCACGGGGGGCUGGUCCGGAAGGGGGGAAGGAGGCGGGGAAGAGAGCCAACUUUCAGUCACACUGGGUCUAGAGGCCUCAUCAGACAUCAUCCUGGGUUCUACAGCCUCACUUACAUGCCCUGGGACCUGGAAAGACUAGCCUUCGGACAGUCCCUGGGUCCUAAACAGCGCCUCAGACUCCAGUCGAUCUACCAAAUCAGCCCUCAUGUCCCUGGGACGACCAUCAGGUGGGGGGCGCGGGCGGUCGACCCUCCGCAGAAACAACGCCAGUGCUCUCUGACCCCCUCGUACAACAAGAUCCCGCCCCACCGGCAACACCAUACCACACCCCCCCUAACCCGGUGUGACCCAACCACACUGACUUACCUAUCCCCACCCCCCCUGCACCCCCCUCAAGAGAUGCAGCCGAACCGAAUCCGACGGGGGCGCACCCACCCCUCCGUACACCCAGCCCACUACCCCGGGCAAGGCCCCGAACCUGAGCCCUCCAAACCGGCCCAACAUCGCCCACACCCUCGCCGCCGGCCCGCGCCCCGCAUAAACAACCAAUCGCACGCACAGCCUCCCGUCCCACCCAAUGGCAACCCGCCGCCACCCCGCCAGGCGCAACCCCCCAGUGACCCCCAGAAUACGACCGCCCGCACCGACCCCGCGCUCAUCCACUCCGCCCCCAUCAGAAAGAAGCCCCAACUACGACCCCCGAUUACCCGUCACCGCAACUCAGUACGGCCCCCACCCGACCCCGACGCCGCCCUGGAACUCCCUCUCAAGGACCAGGACCGCCCCCGGCACGCCCCCCCGUCACCCCGUCGACGGCUCCCAUGCUCCCCGACCGCCACCGUCCCAGGAACCCAUCACACCGCCCCCCACCCCGCGGACGACACCCACCACCCCGCACUCUCCCACUCGGCGUCCAUGUUGGGCCCCCGCAGCGGCCACGCCGCGCUAACCCACCCGAGGCUCUACCCCACUGACCUCGCCCCCCUAGCGCGAGCCGAAGCUCUCAGAACCCGCCGCGACGCGCCUGCCCCAGAUAACCAGGAGUGGCUCCCAGCCUUCAGGUCACAACCUUGCCCCUAG